AUGGCGGAACUGUCGUCAGUUGAUAGAUGGAUUGACAUCGCAAAAGAGUGCAAAUACCUCCCCGAAAACGACUUAAAGAAAUUAUGUGACUACGUUUGUGACCUUCUAUUAGAAGAAUCCAAUGUUCAACCAGUAUCAACUCCAGUCACAGUAUGCGGUGAUAUACACGGCCAGUUUUAUGAUUUAGAGGAAUUGUUCAGAACUGGGGGACAGAUACCCGACACCAACUAUGUGUUUAUGGGUGACUUUGUUGACAGGGGUUACUACAGUUUAGAAACCUUCACCAGGUUACUGACACUCAAAGCCAAGUGGCCAGAUCGCAUCACGCUUCUCCGAGGCAACCAUGAAAGCAGACAAAUCACCCAAGUUUAUGGAUUCUACGAUGAGUGUCAGACCAAAUAUGGGAAUGCAAAUGCCUGGAGAUACUGCACAAAGGUCUUUGACCUCCUUACAGUAGCUGCUAUAAUUGAUGAGCAGAUUCUUUGUGUCCAUGGCGGACUCUCACCAGAUGUCAAGACCCUCGAUCAAAUCCGAACCAUUGAGAGAGCUCAGGAGAUCCCACACAAAGGAGCCUUUUGUGAUUUGGUGUGGUCAGAUCCAGAGGAUGUAGAUACAUGGGCCAUCAGUCCAAGAGGAGCAGGGUGGCUGUUUGGUGCCAAGGUUGUAAACGAGUUUGUACACAUCAACAAUCUAAAACUCAUCUGUCGAGCUCACCAGCUCGUCCAUGAAGGCUACAAAUACAUGUUUGAUGAGAAGCUCGUCACAGUUUGGUCUGCUCCUAACUACUGCUAUCGAUGCGGCAACAUCGCCUCUAUCCUAGCAUUCCGAGAUACUUCCUCUAAAGAGGCCAAACUCUUCAGAGCUGUACCCGAUGCUGAGCGAGUUAUUCCUACACGUACCACCACACCUUAUUUCCUCUAAUGACAUUUUUUAAGAUUAGUGACUGACUUAAAGUAUAUUAUACGCACAGUGAUGGCUGUCAUCUUGUCCACAUUCCUUUUGAGAUUUUGGUUCCUUCAUACUUACCUUUGACCCCUACUUGUGACUCACAGCAUUGAUAAGGGUGGUGUGAGUUCCUUGAAGUGUAGGUUAUUUGCAAAGAAGGUUAUAGGUCAUAUUUCAGUGCACCUUUUCUUGGAGUGUGUGACAUGAUGGCACCUUUAAAUUUAAUCUAAAAAGUGGAUCUGAACCUUUGACCUCAAAAAUUUGGUUCACUUCCUAAUUGCAUAAAAUGUAAACCUAGGGACAUGUUUGUAUUGAAAAACUUUGGCUACGGGUAUAUAGCCAUUAGCUGUUAUCUCAGCAUUUAAGUACAUGUUAUUGGCCUUAACAGGGAUCCGGUCAUAGCCAGUGAUGAAGCCGGCAAUUUGGACUUGGCUUACGCUUCGUACAACCUAUGUAUUAUGUCAACCAUCAUACUGCAAAGUGCGCCCUCGCUCAGUAGGAGGAUGAUUGCAUAGUGAGAUUGAACUGCUGAACAUACAAAUUUCAAUCACCAGCAAUCUCCCUUGACAGUGGUCCACUGGCCAAAUGCUAGUAAAAACACACGAGGACCAGUCAAAAUUUCCGCAAAGUGGUCCGGCUGGCUAUAUGAAAUAUGGACCAGUAAAUAAGCUUGAUGACAAGUGAUGACAAACUACCUAGUCCUGCUGGCUAGUCACUGAACAAGUUCAGGGCAAUCUUUCCCAUGUAAAGUUAAAAUAAUGUCUACCGUUGGGUUUUAAGGAAUGCUAAAAAGUUUCUUUAAGUAUGUUUGGAAUUUCUGAAAUAUCAGAUUAGUUAAAUGGUCAUCUCUACCAUUGAUUGGUGGGGAUGACUCAAUUCAACCAGGGUAAAACCCCCUUCCCCAUUGUUAUGUUAACCAAGAUGUAAAGUAUUUAAGUUGUAUGUUUUAUGUACGUUUCUGUAAUAUUUUUUGUUUUUACAACUUCUGUUCUCAUUUGAGAGGAAUGUUUAUUUUUAGAAUCUGUCAGGGUAGCCUGCAUUCCAUACACUUUACGAACUGACUGCAUGAUAGUAUACAUACCCUAGCAACAUGACACACUAACUACAUGACCAUACCUUUAAAAACCUUAAUUUCAGGGUUGUUAAGCAGUUCUGUGGUGCUUAACAAAAAUAAGCAGGGUACCACUUGCAUUUAGUUUAUAUCGUAAGAAAAUUUGGCUGGUAUCCUGUUUCUAAUUCUACUAAGCAGAAUUGCUUUUAAGAGCAUUAUAUGAAAUAAGCUUUAGGUUUCACUUUAGACUUCUAAAGAGACAAUUUCAGCAUCCAUGACAAUUUCAUACUUUUUAAAGAACUCUGACCAUUCAUCCAUUUGUACAUCACAGUUUUUAUACUGUUUUUAGUUUAAAACUUGUUUGCCAUGAUUUAUUUAUAAAUUUUUUUGAAAAUGACUAAACUGUCUGUUAAUAAACAUAAAAUGUAGUAUUGUAUAAUAAAAAAAAAUGUCUGUAAGAUAAGAAUAAGUAACUUAUAAACGAAAACAUGUGGAAUUCCUGUCUGGUGAAAAUAGGUAAAAAACAGUGAACUCCUAACUACUACAUGUGAUACAUGUGGUUGUUCAUCCCCACCAUCCUCUAAUAGGAAUGUUAUCUUUUGCAGACCUCUUCACCUGAAAUUAAGUUGACAUUAAAACAGCAGUGUACCUUAACAUUUA